CACUGUAGAAUUGGAUCCGCCCCUGACGUUGACGUUAGGAACCUAAACCAGUUAACGUUAGGCAGUUGUCGAACAUGGCGCUUCCCAGUAGCUGGUUGUUGUUAUUACUGCUUAUUAUUUUAGUUGCUGUUUUUGUACAAGCAGAUGAUGUUAAAAAAGAAAAGCCAAAAAAGAAAAAGGAUAUUCGUGAUUACAAUGAUGCUGACAUGGCUAGGUUGCUUGAACAGUGGGAGAAGGAUGAUGAUAUCGAGGAGGGAGAUCUACCAGAGCACAUGAGAAAACCAGCUCCAGUCGAUUUUUCUAAAAUUGAUCCCAGUAAUCCAGAAAAUUUCCUCAAGAUGUCCAAGAAAGGCAGGACGUUGAUGGUAUUUGUUACAGUGUCCGGAAGCCCUACUGAAAAAGAAACGGAAGAAAAAACUGCAGAAUAUUUUGCCCUGAAAACUGAGGCACACCAGAAAAUACUGGAUCACCUCAGAGAGGCACAGGUUAAGUAUGCAUCAAGUAUGAAUGCAAGCCAGAUCACAUUUUUUAAGGCCCCAGUCUAUAUCAUCUUGAGUCGGCAUAUCUAA